AUGGAUUUGUGGGUUGUUGCGGCUGCGGCUGGGGCUGGUUAUUUAGCGAAAUAUUGGAACAGGAGUUUGGAGAAUGGCGAUAGUUCGUAUCGUUUGUGUUCAGAGGAUUCGAAAUUUGAGAAUAUUGAAUCCUCGGGUUACCAAUUUUCGUGCGUCAAACAUACACGGAUGCAAAAAAUGGGAAAAGAUGUUUCUUUAGACAGAACAGGUUUGGGUGAGAAGUCUUCGGAUUUGAGCUCUUUGGAUGGUUUUUCGACAGGAGACAUGUCGUCUAAUCGAGGGUUGAAUUGUGAGAAGUUGCGGAAUUAUAAUGAGGAUGAUUUGCUGUCUCUAUCAAACUUAGCCGUGCCAUUAUCACCGUAUGAAUAUGAUGAUAACUUUAAGCAUGGUGAAGAUGGAAAUGGGCGAAAUACUAAUACUUUUGGCAACCGUGGUGUCUUUCUUUCCGAUUUUUCUGCCAAUGUGGUUCCUAUACAGAACUCUUUCGGACAUAAAACCUGUCUAUCGGCGAAACGUUUUACCAAGCAUGUUAGUAGACCGUUAAACUCCUUAGAAAGUUGUUUCAUGGCUCAGAUAUAUAAAGAACAUGCGAAAAUGGAAGAGUAUGUUUUCAGUCCUCUUUCAUCGGCAUGUAUAGCCACGAGAUCGUUUCGUGUAAGCAAUGGAAGCCGAAUAGUCAAUAGAGGCAAUGAUACUUUGAUCAAUUCAUCAAGUGCAAGUAAGGAGCAUAAGCUGCAUAAAGCUGGUCGAGCAAAAGAGAAAAGUGAUUCCAAGAAGAUGAAACUGGAUGCAAUUAUUGGACGAAAUCGAAGGUCAAGCUUUUCUGAUGACGUGCUUAGUGGAAAACUCAGCCGAUAUGAUCCGACGUUUCUCUUCUGCUUUGGGAUUUCUCUUGGGAUAAUAAUUUCCAUCAUGGGAAAUAAAAGAGAAAUAAUCAAGCUUAGAGAAUUGUUGAAGCAGAGUGAGAACUUGGUUCAAGAUCUUCAAGAUGAACUUGAUAUGAAAGAUUCGUUAACCGUGAAGGAGUUGCAUAAUGAAAAUUACGGUUCACAAGAAACAUGUGAUCAUUCCUUCAAUAGUAAGGAGCUACAUGAAUUUUCCCCUGAAAAACACGUGGAUAGCUCUCCGAGAAUAGACUUCAAAGAAUCAUCUUAUGAUAAGAAGAAAGAACAAAGUUCAGAAUCUAUGAGCAAAAUUGAAGCUGAGCUUGAAGCGGAACUUGAGAGAUUAGGGUUGGACAUGAAUAAUUCAAGUCUGGAUAGAAAAUUAUCUGAGCUUGUCGAGAUCGACCCGGACUUUGUAGCAGAUUUUGCUCAAGGUGAGUUGCCAGCUAACACGUUCAGUGGAACAGAUGCCAAUGUCACUACACCUCUUCCUUCAAACUAUGGAGUUUCGCCGCAUGAACUGAGUGUACGUUUGCACGAAGUCAUACAACACCAACUCGAGAAACGAGUGAAGGAGCUUGAGAUUGCCCUUGAAAAUAGCCAAAGGCGAGUAAGAUUUUUGGAAUCCAAGCAUGAUGGUAGUUUUGAAAAGGCGUCUUCUCCUACUAAAGAAAACUCGUUGAUGACUCAUGAAGAUUGCGACACUAUGUCUCAGCCCUUGAUUCUCAAUUUAUCAGGUGAUGCACUUGAUGCAUACAAUGAAGCAUAUGAAGAACUAAUAAAGAUAAAUGAUUCUGAAGACAAUUCACCAUCAAUCAAUAUUGAACAAGGUUCACCACUUUCACAUGACUGGCAUGCAACAGGUUUUGAGCACAGUUCGGCGACAAACUCAGUGGUUGAUGAAGGAAGUCUUUCAAGGGAACCCUAUUUUAGCAAGGAGACAAUGUUGGAAGGGGGAAGCUCCAGUGAAUUGAAUGUUAGUGGAGAUGAAAGUUGUGAUUGUGAUAAUGAUGAGAUGGAGAGACAAUUGAUAAGGCAAAUUGUUGAAAGAACCAAGAAAGGUUCUCCUCUUUUUCAAAAUGCAAAAAAGAUAUUGUAUUCUAUGGAUGAAGAUGAACAACAUUGA